AUUUGAGCCAAGACAAGCUUCAAUCUCGAUUGCAGCAUGCAGGGAGUCGGAAAAUCACUUGUACAUGAGAAGUCAGGACGCCCUAAGGCUUCAAAUCAGCUCGCAUCUGCUUGUUGCCCGUUGUGAGGCACUCUUGAGAGCAGGAUUUAAGCUCGAAGAUUAGUCGGCACAUAUUUUUAGUUGGCCAAGAAGAGUCCUCGCUGCUGACAUGAAAUCCAGUCUUUUAUUGUUUUUGAACAGCGACACUUGCUUGUUGUAAAACGUUCUGGGAAAGUAAAGUCUGCUGCUACCAGGCCAUGCAAGCAGCACCUCACCCUGUAGGUUUGAAAGGCCGUCGCGGGAAUUGAAACCGAGUGUGCCUCGUAGAAGGUCGUCCUAUUAGCAAAGAAGCAAGAAUUGUCACGACCGUUCCAUCAGUUUGAAAGAUAGAAGCCAUAAUACCGGAGUAUACGCUUGUUCUGAGUCCAGAGUUUGCGGAAGAAAGAUCCAAAACUCACUACUCAAAUCACUGAACUUCUAAUCUCCGAGCUUCAGAAGGGCAGCAUGCCUAUCUUGUACUCCCUUGUGGCACGGGGCACUGUGGUGCUCGCAGAGUUCAGCGCCUCGGCCGGCAAUGCGAGCUCCAUUGCUCGGCGCAUUCUCGAGAAGUUUCCUGAGGGUGGGGACACGCGGGCCUCCUACUCCCAGGAACGACAUAUCUUCCACAUCUUGCGAUCAGGAGGGAUCAUCUACCUCUGCAUGGUCAACGACGCCUUUGGAAGGCGGAUACCGUUUGCGUUUCUGGAGGAGAUCAGCACGCGCUUCUCCAAGACGUACGGCCGCGUCGCGCAGACCGCGCUCGCGUACGCGAUGAACGACGAGUUCUCGCGCGUGCUCUCGCAGCAGAUGGAGUACUUCUCGACUAACCCGAAUGCCGACACCAUCAAUCGGGUGCGGGGGGAGAUUGCUGAGGUCAAGAGCGUAAUGGUUGAGAACAUAGACAAGGUCCUGGAGCGGGGCGAGAAGAUUGAGCUGCUGGUCGACAAGACGGACUCCCUGCAAGGCGACGCGUUCCGGUUCAAGAAGCAGUCGCGGCGCCUCAAGCAGGCCAUGUGGCUCAAGAACGCCAAGCUGACGGCUGUGUUGACGGCAGUGAUCCUAUUGGUGCUGUACAUUUUCAUCUCUCUAAUAUGCGGCGGCCUGUCUCUGAGUAGCUGCAGAUAAGCUUUUGCAGGAAGGCAUGUCCUGAACCAUUUUGUACAUAGAUGAAUCAAGGAAAAGGGGGACGAUAUAAGCAAACGGCCGCCAUGAUUUACAAACAAGUUUUUCCAUUGACGAGAGCGAGUGCUAUCCGACAAAGUGAGCAAGUUGCUGAUUCUGCGGAUCGAGCAUAACGUGUACGUAGGUAAAUAGGGCGGGGCUUGAUCUUAUAUGUGUUUCAACACGGCAGACGCGAAAAUUGCUCUAGCAGAAGGUCCUUCCGGGCCCAAGUCGCUUAGACCUGGACGUGUUGCCAGAGUCCACGAUUGACCUGAUUGCAACUAAGUGAAUCCGAAGUGCUGGUGC